CUGGAUAGUCUUGUCGCUGUAGUUUCAGAUCCAGUCUCCCUCCUCCUCCCCUCCGAUCCUCUCACGGACCCUCCUUACUGACUGACUCCUCUCCACCCUUCAGCCGCUUCUCGACUUCAGGUAAGUGCGCGAUCAUCUAAUUAUAUCACACACAAGCGAACUGCUCUUCAACUCUUCUUCUGCUGCCAGGGGCUUUGCUACCCGUCGCGUGGCCAUGCUGCUAUCCUUGCGACUUGUUAUGCAUGCAUGAGCACUGCUGCUGAUCUAAUAAGAUGAUCGACCUCCACUGUACUUCUAUUCAAUACUUUUUCAGUCCUCUUCAGCUCCAUUACUCUUUUUUUCUCUUUACAUUCUGUCCUUGAUAUCUGUUCCCUUUGCCAAUGUGCCAGAAAUCACACGUCGUUGCCUUUUUUUUACUGUCCGACACACGGACACUGGGUUGACUUCGCGCCAUGCCUGCAGACACCACUGCAUCAUCAUCACCCUUCACCUUUCCACACGCUGGACACCUCAUGGUCCUGGAAACUCCGCUGUUGCGCGUGAGUCGCCCAGUGGCUGCUUGCUCACGAUGUAGAGCUGCCAAAGUCAAAUGUGACGGCAAACUGCCCGCCUGCACUGCCUGCGAAAAGUCAAACAAAGCCGCCGAAUGUAGCUCCACCAACGACCAAUUCGCUCGCGGCAAGGAACGAAGCUAUGUCGCCACGCUCGAGACGAGGGUGGAGAAGCUCGAAAGGAGGAUUGCUGAAGCUCGGGCUAGACGAAAGUCUUCCACCACUGGCAUGACCGACUUUGACGAUGCUUUCACCUCUCCAAAACUAUCAACGGAUUUGCCUGGCAGAAACAAGACGACGAGCGCUCGUGCUGCUCGCCGGAAAGAGGCCAGUGACAUUGAUAAUCUGGUCUCGGACUUUGGUCUCUUAGCUGUCAAUGCUACUGCACGCGAUUUCCACGGUUUCACCACUCCCAUGUCUUAUGCACGCCUCAUACUCUCUACUUGUACAAAGGAACCUCUGCCGAAUACCACACCUCAAGAUCUACCACCACGUUAUGCCGCGACUCCCCUGAUCCAGCACUAUCUCAAUAACGUCUUUGUACUAUUACCCGUCUUUGAAGAGGCAAGUUUCUGGUCUUCGGUCGACGCGGUGUACAAUCCAGAAGUACGGAAACCCUUGCCUUUCGACUACUGGACUGUAAGAAUGGUUCUAGCCUUAUCAUCCAUUUCGCUGUCUCAGCAGCGGGGCGAUGCGCAGUAUUUCGAUGCUGUGGGUCAUGUGACUGCUGCUUUGGAGUUCGCUGAAGAUGUGCUUCAUCCUGGCUUCGUCGCUACUAUCCAGGCUUUGGUGCUGCUUGUGGAAUUUGCUAUGAUGGAUCCGCACCACUUUGACAGCUGGCAUCUGAUCGGAGCCGCCUCACGAGCCAUGGUGGAUAUUGGCAUGCAUCAGGAUCCCCUGAAAGCUCUCCACUCCGGCAAGUCAAAACUCGAGCUCCGACGGCGCGUUUACUGGUGUGUCUUUGCUUUGGAUAGGUCAACUUCGCUGGUACAGACCAGAGCGUUCUCUUUCUCGGACGAUUCAGCAACCGUUGCUCAUCCUUUCGCCGCCUCCAUAUCCUCGCCGAGCACGAAAACGCAAAAGACCCAGUUCUGGCUGCAGAAUUUCGACACAGCCGCCCAGUUCUUCAAGAUCCGUCAACUACAGUCGGAAUGGUACACCAAACUCUUCCAGUCGGGUCGAGAACCCUGGCCAGACGCGUAUGGCUACAUAUGGAAGACCUACCGGCAGAUGACCGAUUGGUACAACAACAUCUCAAAGAACACGUUGCCAAACACACAGGCCUUCUUCGAGCUCGAAGUACUGUACAGCUACGUCUACGUGCUCUCCCCGAGCCCUCGCUGCCCGGCAAUCAGCAACUACGCCCAACGCCUCAUCUUCGAGCACUGCAUCGCCUACGCCAUCAACCUCCGCGCAAUCAUGAGAGACAAAUCCUCCCCGACAACCAAGAUCCCCCUCACUUUCUACGACGCCAUGCGCGCCUACAUGACCGGCCGCCAAUUCGUCGACGUCCUCCAGCGCAACCUCGACCAACAGCAGCACCCCCAACACACACACUCAUACCCAGCCUACUCACAGCACCACCUACCCCCAACCCUAUCCCCAGCGCCCUACAGCUGGGCAAACUCAGGCGCUGGAGGCGGCGGAAGUGGUAGUGGUGGAAGCGGAGCAGGAGGAGCAGGAGCAGCAGGAGGAGGAGGUGGUGGAAGUGGAGGAGUCGGAUCCGCGACCAUGCCAGCACCACAAUAUCAAUACCCCAUCCCAUCGCCAAACAGCAACAGCCAUUGGGAUUCGUCUCCGGGCGCGGAACUCAGGCCGCAAUUUCCUGGGCCUAUGGGUUAA